CGCUGCCUCAAAUUGGGCGACUCACAGGAAGAAAAGGAAAACCAGGUAGCUUUCCUUCAGUUUUCAUCCAUUUGUCGGCUCUAAAACCUAAAGAAUCACAAUGUCGUUAUGUGGAGGAACUUCAGACGUUAAGGAGGCCAAUGAAAAGGUCCAGCAGAUCUGCGAUAACGUGAAGGAACAUGCAGAGCAAAAAGCAAACAAGAAGUUUGACGUUUUCCAAGCCAGAUCCUACAAAACCCAGGUUGUAGCUGGCACCAACUACUUCAUUAAGGUUCAUGUGGGAGGAGAUGAACAUGUUCACCUCCGUGUUCAUGAACAACUCCCACAUGCAGGAGGAAAGCUGGAACUAUCCAAUAUCCAGACCUCCAAGAGCCAUCAAGACCCUGUCGAGUAUUUCUAAAGUGAUCAUGAAGACCCAACCUAUCGGUGCCUACAGGCUGCAGUCUUAAAUCAACAGUACUUUUUAGUCCUGGUUAAUCAAUGUCAUGUAGUUUCUAUGCCAUAAAAUACUGUACACAUACUAUACAUAAUAAUGACCAAGGAAUUACGUCAUUAUUGUUUUGUACUAAAGAAUUAAAAACAUGUGUGUCACAUG